CAACAUAGGUCCUCUGCAAGAGCAGCCAGUGCUGACUGCUGAGCCACAAAUCUUCACACCCUCUAUGUAAUUUUUAAAAGACGAUUUCUAUCAUGUGCCUGUUUGGGCACCUGAGUGCGGGUGUCUGCGGAGCCAGAAGAGGGCCUGACAUCUCCAGAGCUGGAGUUACAUGCUGUUGUGAGCCCUCUGAUAUGGAUGCUGGGAAUUGAACAUGGGUCCUCUACAAGAGCCGCAAAUGUUCCCGGCCACUAGAGCCCUCUCUCCAAGUCCUUGAUGUAUUUUUUUAAAAUUUUGGAGAAUUGGGUGUAGGGGAAUGGGCUGUAUUUAGUGCCCUGGUGAAAAUGUUUGCGUGGGGUACCUACUGCUUCUUGAACAUGUGUGGGGGUGGGUUGAGUGCUGGGAAUCACACCCAGGGCCUUCCCUGUACAAGCUAGGCAGGCGCUCCUGUCACACUGAAGUCAGCCCUGUUGAGCUUCAUUCUUUAGUUCUCUGAAUCCACCCACUUGCUCUGUAUACAGGAAGCGUUCCUCCGACUUCUGGCUGUCAGCCAGCUAAGGAGGUGUGGCUCAGAGUAAGAAAGAAGGAAAAUGCUCCAAACCAGUCACUCUUCAGGGAAUUCAGGGUUGGAGAGAAUGUUCCUCUUAAGGCCAAACGUCUAGGGUUGCUACCGCGGGUGUUGAUCUCUUUUGAGUGGGCCUUUUUCUUGAGGCUUGGGAAGGGGAGGAGAAUAGUAUGUGGUAGGGAUUUCCUGUGUCUCCCCUGCCCCAGUAAAGAUUCCCAGCGUCUGGGGGCAGGAAUUCGGGAAGGGAUCCCCCAAUGGACUGCUCCAAAACAGGACUCCCCCGUUUGGGGAGUACUAUGUAAGGGAAUUACAGAUGGGCAGAGAGCACCUCUGCCGAACUGGCCAUGCUCUCAGGUAAAGGUGAGGUGAUGAAAGGUUUGGACCCUCGGGGCUUGGGUGCGCUGCCCUUCUAUCUUCACAACUGGGUAAGGAUGACCAACCAGUAGGUGAGAGAAGAGGAAACCAGAGCAGGUGAAAGUUAGUGGGCGGAGCCCCAUACCUGUCAGGUAAGGCUAGAUAAAUCGCUUUCUGGAACUCUGAGGGGUUUGGAGACUCGUGGCGUUGGAAAAGACUUCUAGUGUUGUGCAGGAAGGCUUCUGAACUCGGUUGCCGAACUUGAUGCCUGGGAGCCCCCAAACCGCAAUCCCCCAAGCAGGGGCAGGACGCCAGCGCUUCUAUGGCUCCAUGGGUGGUGGCCCCACAGCUGCACCAAUCACUUGCCCAGCCGGGAGAUAGGGGCGUGGACAAGCUAGGGAAAGUUACAACAGGUUGGAAAGGCAAGACAGGCGUGGAAGCCCCUGGCAACAGCCAGAUCCCGACUCCGCUGUGGGGUCCUUCGAGGUCCCGGACAACAGGCACGGGGAUCAAAGACACAAACUAAAGCCUAGCUGACCUGCCAGACCAUGGCAUCCUGGGAACUCCUUGUGGUUGGUGCCUCCUUCGCGGCAUUUCGGGGGCUGCACUGGGGACUGCAGCUGCUGCCCACCCCGGAAACUGCUCGAGACCUUUGGAUGUGGCGGAACAUUUUCGUUUCGCUGAUGCACAGCCUUCUCUCUGGAGCAGGGGCGCUGGUCGGGCUAUGGCUGUAUCCUCAGAUGGUCAUCGACCCGAUUCAUGGCCACCCAUCGUGGGCAGUGGUCCUAGUAGCAGUGUCAGUGGGUUAUUUCCUGGCGGAUGGAGUUGACAUGCUGUGGAAUCAGAACUUGGCCCAGGCCUGGGACCUUCUCUGUCACCAUUUGGUGGUAGUGAGCUGCCUCAGCACUGCGGUUCUGUCUGGCCACUUUGUGGGCUUCGCUGUGGUGUCUCUACUUCUGGAGCUGAACUCCAUCUGUUUGCAUCUGCGGAAACUUCUGCUGCUUUGCCAUAAGGCCUCAUCCUUGGCCUUCAGAGUAAGCAGCUGGGCCACCCUGACCACGCUGGCCCUCUUCCGCCUUCUACCUCUAGGAUGGAUGAGUCUGUGGUUGUUUCGGCAGCGCUACCGGGUGUCUCUUGCUCUGGUCAUCCUUGGUGGAACUGGGCUGGUCACUGUGGGAUCCAUGAGCAUCUCAUUGGGUAUCCGCAUUCUGAUCAGGGAUGUCUUGCAGUCUCGACCCCACCCAUUUAUCUCUGUGCACAAGGAGACCAAGACAUAUGAAGGAGAGACAGUCACCAGGAACAAUUCCACUCUCAGUCUGAAAAACUAGAGAAGUGGAGGUUUCCUCUUCAGUCAGCCCUGA